CAGUAUAAUGGUGUGGCUCAAAUCGGUUUGGGAACUCCUCCUACCUCUCCUCCUGCUCCUGCUUUCCACAAGUACCCGAGCGUCGGUACUGAGAUGGGUACCAUGUUUUAUGGCUCCCAACCACAGGCUAUUCAGAAUGCGUAUGUGACUUCUACAGAACCAAUCCCCAUAUUGCAACAGCAUCCACUUCAGCAGCAACAGCAAACCGUUCAACGACAGCAACAAGAACAAGAAAUGUAUCGUUUGUUGUUGCAGCAAUUUGAUAACCUUGAGAGCUCUCUCUUCAGUCCUAGCCCCAUCAUUAGCAGCUGCAGCAGUAGUCUCAGCAACAGCCCCUAUCUCGAGUCCCCUCUCAUGGCCGUCGCUUCCGAUUUUGACCUAUUUCCCAUGAACAACGCUGCCGGAACCCGACAGGCUGCAGUCAGUGGCUAUCCCUCUGCUCCGGUUAUGGCUCCCCCAUCUUCCCCAACUACACAGGCGAUGUAUUCACAGACUGGUGGCUAUCAUCAGCUGACUCCGCCCACGAACCCAAUUGAUCUGGAAUCUGGAACGUGUUCGUUGUUCAAGCACGAUGCAUUUUCAAACACUCAACAGCCCAUGACAACAGAGCUAUCAAUGUUGUGCAAAUGUCCAGGAAAAUUCCCUUGUGGCGAGCAGUUACCCACCGAUUCAAUCGAGUCAGUCUCGCCUGUGGGCUCACCACUGGAGGAUAUUCACGAGAGUGAUAACAAUGAAUCAGAUUUCGGAUCCGAAGAAGAAGACCAACAGCAGGAGUUAGAACAUGACUCUGAUCCUACCUAUGUGCCUACUCACGCUCGAUCUACCAAGGCGAGCCGAUCUAAGUCUAUGGUUAUUAACACAUCAGUCAGCGCCCCUUACAGCUCGCCCUACUCCAAGGACCCGGCACCCUCUCCAAAGACUCCAGUCCGUCAAGAUAAACGCCGUUCCUCAUCAGGAUCGUUCUCUUCUUUUGGUCACUCGCAUAACCAACAGUUGCUCGACCCUAACAUGGUUCCCGAAAUCAAGGACAUCCACGUGUGUCCUGUUUGUGACCGACGAUUUACCAGGCCAUUCAACUUGCGUUCACACCUGAUGACCCAUACGACAGCCAGGCCUUUCCCUUGCGAUGAGUGCCACUGGAAGUUCACUCGCCAGCACGACCUUCUACGACAUAAGCGCGCUAAGCAUCCUAACUCUGUCAACACAGCUCCAACAACAGGACAGAAGAAAACCAGCGCCAACAAGUCUCGCUCUGCUUCAGCCGCCUGAAAGCGCUGACAGCGAGAGGACUCUUUCAAUCCAUUUUCUUCGUGACGGCUAUAGGACCCUCUUGCCCCAUAUUCUUUACUCCCACACACAUCUUCGUAAGCAUCUGUCAUGUUUUUUGCUGAUUUUGCGCGGCAAUUACAUACAUACCUCCAUACGACAAUCAUAACCCACAUCAACCAUGAAAACAACAAAGGGACAACAAAAAAAAAAAAAAAAAA